UGGGCUUCUGGACUUGGGGAGCAGGAGGGAUAUAGGGACAUCUUCCUGUGAGGUGACCCGGAGCUUGGACUAGGUCCUUGGGCAACACACCCCUAUGCCCGUAGCACCCCGGUGGGGCCAACUAAGGUCAGCAGAAGCCAGAAUUCACCGCAGCAGGGGAGCACUGGUGGGCUAAGCUGGGCACAGCCAUCUACCCUAUACCCCCUGCCUGAGCCUAGGCUAGGGACCUGCUGGUGUCCCCAUCUCCUAGAACUGUCCCCCAAAUGAGCCCGAUGGCCCUCUACCCUGGUUUUCAAGAGCACAAGGGCAAGUGAGGCGGGACAGCUGUCAUGGGUGUGGCUGACAGGUGCUGGGGCCAGCCUCUCCAGCUGCCGGGACAGGUGCCCAGGCCCUGGGAGGAGAAGUGACUCACACAGGCCCUGGGGGAGAACCAGAUCUGCAAACGGGCACCACCCAGCCCCCCUUGGUGCUCCAGCUGCGAGCAACUUGGGGUGCCCCUUUCUCUGCCAUCCUCCCUCCCAUGGCUUGGUCCCUGCCAGCCUGCUUCAGUCGUGGUCCCUUCCCCUCCGUAGGGGUCCCAGUUCAGUGCCAUUAACCCUUCCAUUGUCCUAUGAAGCCCCUCCUGGAAAAAUCUGGGCGCUGGGGACAUGUCCAAGGAGAAAAGCAAAGUGCUUCUUCCUGGUCUCCCCGCCCCCACACCAGGCCUAGGUCUCAGGCUCGCACUAGUUUCACUCCGAAUACUUGUCCCUCAGUGUCCUGCUUUCGCUCCUUGGCCUCCCGUAUGGUGUCACUGUCUCCUUUCCCUGCCUUCCCCAGCCCCUUCUUGGCCAUGUCCUUCUCUGUCCGACCCAGGUGCCAUUCCUUCCCUAUUUCAUAAAUGGGAAGGUAGAGGCCAAGGUACAAGGCCACUUGGCCUGUGGAAGACCCCUCUGCCUCUUGUCUUCUCUGGUUUUAGUCACUCUCCUAGCCUCCCCUUUUGCAGGGAAUGAAGCAGAGCUGACAGGGUAAACUGAGGCCUAGAUGGGGGCAGGGCUCUGGCUCUUCUCGAAGGAGCAGUCCUUUUGUGGCCUGAGCUGCAUCCUUCGGCCCCUCCCCUGCCAGGCCUGAGGCGGGGGAGGGGGCCUGGGUUCCCGCUGCCUUAAAAGGGCUCAAUGUCUUGGCUCUCUCCUCCCUCCCCCGUCCUAGGCCCUGGCUGCUGCUUCCUGGCUGGCCCCAGCUCUCAGAAUCCCCUCUUUCUAUAACCCACUCCCUCUCCCUUCUUCCCUGUCUGAGCUCUUACCUACCCCUUCCUGUCUCCCAAGCUUGGCUUCUUCAACCCCAAGGCCAGGCCUCCCUUUCCCCACUGCGCCUGAGUCUCCAGCCUCCACCUGCCAGUUCCCCUCUGGGUCUGUGUGCUGCAGGCCCAGCUGCAGGCUCAUAGCCUCUGCAGCUGAUGGCAUCUAAGGGAAGCCCGCUGCCUCCUGGGAGAGCAGGGAGCCACCUCUAGCAGUGCUCAGGCUGUCAGUGCUAGUUGAGCCUCCGGAUCCUUUCCUGUCCCCAAAUUCAGUGUUUCCCAUCGUGCUCCAAGAACCGCCAGCAUCUCAGACUGGAGGCACUGGCGGAGCCCAUCGUGGCCAGGCUUAAGGAGAUCCGACUGCAGAGGGAUGACUUUGAGAUUCUGAAGGUGAUUGGACGCGGGGCGUUCAGCGAGGUAGCGGUGGUGAAGAUGAAGCAGACGGGCCAGGUAUAUGCCAUGAAAAUCAUGAAUAAGUGGGACAUGCUGAAGAGAGGCGAGGUGUCGUGCUUCCGAGAAGAAAGGGAUGUGUUGGUGAACGGCGACCGCCGUUGGAUCACUCAGCUGCACUUCGCCUUCCAGGACGAGAACUACCUGUACCUGGUGAUGGAAUACUACGUGGGCGGGGACCUGCUAACGCUGCUGAGCAAGUUUGGGGAGCGGAUUCCGGCUGAGAUGGCGCGCUUCUACCUGGCCGAGAUUGUCAUGGCCAUAGACUCAGUGCACCGGCUGGGCUAUGUGCACAGGGACAUCAAACCAGACAACAUCCUGCUGGACCGCUGCGGCCACAUCCGCCUGGCGGACUUUGGCUCCUGCCUUAAACUACGGGCUGAUGGGACGGUGCAGUCUCUGGUUGCUGUGGGGACCCCGGACUACUUGUCCCCCGAGAUCCUGCAGGCUGUGAGCAGUGGAUCCGGGACAGGCAGCUAUGGGCCGGAGUGUGACUGGUGGGCACUGGGCGUGUUUGCCUAUGAAAUGUUCUAUGGGCAGACGCCCUUCUACGCAGACUCCACGGCUGAGACCUAUGGCAAGAUUGUGCACUACAAGGAGCACCUGUCUCUGCCACUGGCAGACACGGGGGUCCCUGAGGAAGCUCGGAACCUCAUCCAGGGGCUGCUGUGUCCCCCGGAGGUACGGCUGGGCCGGGAUGGAGCAGAGGAUUUCCAGAAGCAUCCUUUCUUCUUUGGCCUUGACUGGGAAGGCCUUCGUGAUAGUGUGCCCCCUUUCACCCCGGACUUCGAGGGUGCCACUGACACGUGCAACUUCGACGUGGUGGAGGACGGGCUCACUGCCAUGGUGAGCGGGGGCGGGGAGACGCUGUCGGACAUGCAGGAAGGCGUACCGCUGGGGGUGCACCUGCCUUUCGUCGGCUUUUCCUACUCCUGCUUGGCCCUCAGAGACAAUGAGGUCCCAGACCCUACACCCAUGGAACUGGAGGCCCAGCAGUUGUCUGAGCCACACGUGCAAGUGCCCAGCAUGGAGCCUACAGUGUCUGCACCAGAGGCAACUGUAGAAGUGGCAGAUCCACCUGCUGCUCCUGCAGCAGAGGAGACGUCGGAAGGGGAGGAGGUGACCCUUCGGGAGCUCCAGGAAGCCCUGGAGGAGGAGGUGCGCACCCGGCAGAGCCUGAGUCGGGAGCUGGAGGCCAUCCGCAACACCAACCAGAGCUUUGCCAGUCAGCUACUUGAGGCUGAAGCCCGCAACCGAGAUCUGGAGGCACACGUUAGGCAGCUGCAGGAGCGGAUGGAACUGCUGCAGGCCCCAGGAGCCGCAGCUGUCAGGGGGGUCCCCAGUCCCCGGGCCACGGAUGCACCUUCCCAUAUUGUCCCCCGGCCGUGGCUCUGGGCCAAUGCCCGCUGGUGGGGCCAGGCCCCAUGCACCGCCGCCACCUGCUGCUCCUUGCCAGGGUCCCUAGGCCUGGCCUAUCCGAGGCGCGUUGCCUGCUCUUGUUCGCCGCUGCUCUGGCUCAUGCCACCACCCUGUGCUGCUUUGGGUUCGUGGCCUGUGCCGGCCAUCUCGCCCCAGCCUGGCGUCGCCCGGGAGCAGCCUUCGCCCCCUGAACCCUAGAACCCCAGACUGUCCUCGACUCAGGCCCAGUCGCAGGGUUGAGUGACCCGGGGACAGUAGAAGCCGCUCCCACCGUGUCCCCGUCCACCCACUCAGCGCGUGAGCCCAGCUCCAGUCCCGUGAUCCGGGCCCGCCCCCUGGCGCCCGGGGAAGGAGGAGCGGAUUUGUGGCUGGUGAACCGGGUUCGUGGGGGGCUGGCGCUCAGGAAUGCUGGUGGUGGGGACACUGCUGGCCACUUCUUUCCCAGCCGGGCUGAGGCCCCGACGUGGACGGGUGGACUGGGUUCUGAGAAGACAGCAGACCGGGGCGCGGCCACCCGAUUGUCACCCUACACCACCCCACCUACGAUCGGCUCGCAAACCACCAAUCUUCCUUGUGCAUGAGCUCCAGGGAAAGCUAUUCCUGCGGCCUCCGCCUGCUUUCGGGAAUUCUGUGCUUUUGCCAGCCCUGCUUUUUCGGGGACUCCCACGACUCUUUUUCUCACCUACGCUGCUCUCGGAGUCACAGCCGGCUUCCCCGGCCUCAGUGGCUUGAGUAUUUAUUGAUCUUGUCCUCCGACCCGCUGACAGGCUCCCGGACCCCAUCACCCUAAUCCACGUUUUGGAUGCACUGAGACUCGACAUUCCUCGGUAUUUAUUGUCUGUCCCCACCUAGAACCCCCACCCCCGACCCUCGCGAAUAAAAAGCCCUCUCUGCCCAAA